UUGAUCUGAACCUGGUGAAUGGAGAGGAGAGCUGCAUAUACUUCGCUGGGAAUUCUCUUGGGCUCCAGCCAAGAAAAGUUAAAACUUACUUGGAUGAAGAACUGGAUAAAUGGGCUCGAACAGGUGUUCAUGGCCAUUUCAAUGGCCAGCGCCCAUGGGCUUUGGCAGACGAGUGUAUCCUGGACCUGAUGGCUCAGCUGGUUGGGGCCCAAAGACAGGAAGUAGCCUUAAUGAAUGGACUGACUGUCAACUUGCACCUCCAGAUGCUAUCUUUCUUUAAGCCUACUCCAAGACGCUAUAAAAUUCUUCUAGAAGCAAGAGCCUUUCCCUCUGACCAUUAUGCUGUUGAGUCCCAGCUUCGACUGCACGGGCUUGACGUGGAGAAAUGCAUGAUCAUGCUGCAGCCACGGCAGGGGGAGGAGACCUUGAGGACUGAAGAUAUCCUUGCUGUAAUUGAGAAGGAAGGGGACUCUAUUGCUGUCAUUCUGUUCAGUGGGGUGCAGUACUACACAGGACAGUUGUUUGACAUCCCUAGAAUAACAAAGGCUGGCCAAAAAAAGGUCUCUCAGAUAAAUCAAAAUUACUAUGUAUUGUGCAAGAAACUCAUCAGCAGGCGGGAGGAUGGAUGCUUUGUUGGCUUUGACCUGGCUCACGCUGUUGGGAAUGUAGAGCUUCAUUUACAUGACUGGGGAGUAGAUUUUGCCUGCUGGUGUUCCUACAAGUAUUUAAAUUCUGGAGCAGGAGGCCUUGCUGGUGCCUACAUUCAUGAAAAGCAUUCCAAGAGUAUUAAACCAACACUAAUCGGCUGGUGGGGUCAUGACUUCAAAACACGAUUCCUCAUGGAAAACAAAUUACAACUAAGUGAAGGAAUUAAUGGAUUUCGGUUAUCAAAUCCUCCAAUUUUACUGGUCUGUGCUCUGCAUGCCAGUUUAGAGGUCUUUAGUCAAACUACAAUGAAAGCACUGAGAAGGAAAUCCAUUCUACUCACUGGUUACUUGGAAUACCUGUUAAAACUUUACUACAGUGAGGAUAAAACAAAUCCUGAGAAGCCCUUUGUGAAAAUAAUCACACCAUCUCGGAUUGAGGAAAGAGGAUGCCAACUCACCCUAUCAUUUUCCCUUCCAAUCAAAUCUGUGUUCAAAGAACUGGAGAAGAGAGGAGUAGCUUGUGACAUGCGAGAACCAAAUGCUCUUCGCGUUGCUCCAGUUCCUCUCUACAAUUCCUUCCGUGAUGUGCACAGAUUUAUUGAAAUCCUGAGAUCUGCAAUUACAUCUUCAAAACAAACAGCAAAUAAUACUGCACUAUCUGGUUCUUAUUGAUGGCUCAGCUGUAUCUUUUAAUCUAUUUCUGACUAAGAUGCAUUUAUCCUGCCGAGCGAUUCUUUGCUUCGAGUAGACCGAGCUAUAUCCCAUGCAAUUUGCAAAAAAAUGACUGUGCUUGAAUAGUUAUUUACAACAGACAUAGUUUUAUUAAAGCUCAUAUUUCC